GUGUAGACUCGGUCGGCUUGAAUGAUACAUUUCUCUUUUACUCGGAGGUUUUUUGAGGUUUUCCAAGGGCAUCAGUGAGCGACACAGUGCAGCAGCGAUGUGCAUGUCUGACGGCUAGACGGAGCAAGAGGGAAGGACACUGUUUCUGCUGCUGUAGUCGUUGAGUUUUCACAGUUAUCGGUCAUAUCCAGGGUACAAGCACUCUGCUUUAGCUGCUCACUCGGUUCACCGCCUGGCUUUAGGAUGCGACGUCAUGAGUUGAUCGCGCCUGACAGAUGUUGCUGUGUUGCAGUUGCACAGGCAUAGAUUCUCCGCUUGCUCUCGCUGUUUUGGGGAGGAUUCUGUAAAACGGUUCAUGCGAUAAAUGCUAAGUCCUCGCUUCGUGCUCCGACAGAUCGCAACAUUCAUUUAGUCUUCGGGAUUGCAUAAAAUGAUACCUGGAUCUGCCGCAUCAAUGCUACCAUCUGCAGAAGCUGCGAAAUUGUACCAGACCAAUUACGUCCGCAACUCCCGUGUCAUCGGACUUUUAUGGGCCAUCUUCACUAUCCUGUUCGGUAUUGUUAACGUGACCAUCUUCUCACAGCCCUAUUGGAUUGGAGAUGGUGUGGAUACACCGCAGGCCGGUUACUUCGGCCUUUUUCACUAUUGCGUCGGAGAUGGAAUCUCCAGAGACAUGGCCUGCCAGGGUAGCUUCACCGAGUUCGCCGAUAUCCCCUCCACUGCGUUCAAGGCCGCCUCCUUCUUGAUUGGAAUGUCCAUGAUGUUGGUUGUCACCUGCAUCGGCUGCUUCAGUCUCUUCUUCCUCCUCAGCACCUCCACCGUGUACAAGAUCUGCGGCUGGAUGCAAGCAGCAUCAGGUGUCUGUCUGGUGUUGGGUUGUAUGAUUUAUCCUGAUGGUUGGGACAGUGAUGAAGUCCGGAGGAUGUGCGGAGAGCAGACAGACAAAUACAGCCUGGGGGCCUGCUCAGUGCGUUGGGCCUACAUCUUGGCUAUUAUGGGCAUCCUGGAUGCUCUUAUCCUCUCCUUCCUGGCUUUCGUCCUGGGGAACCGACAGGAUGGACUCAUGACAGAAGAGCUGCUGGCUGAGAGCAAGGAGGGAGGCAAUGCCUAACCAAAUCUUAAGGUUCCUGAAUUUCCAUGUGUCUGUUUUCAUGAAGUACCAG